AUGCAACCAAACAAAACAGUAGAGAAUGCUCUUGCUACAGUCGGAGCCAUACUCUGGACGGUACAGGCGUUCCCGCAAAUAUACAAAUCAUUUCGAACGAAAUCUACAAAAGGAGUAUCAGCUCAUCUGAUGCUUAUUUGGGCGUUAUCUGCUCUGUUCUUUAUGGUUUAUACUAUCACGCGACGACUAUCCGUACCAUCUAUCAUCCAAGUCCACUUCUCUUUUGUGGUUUUUACGACAUCUUGGGUACAAUGCUUGCAUUACACUUACGGAUACUCAAUCAAGAAAGCUCUAAUCUACGGUGGAAUCUGGACUGUGGUUUGUAUCGGAUUCGAAGUCGGGAGUAUAUUCGGACUUUGGGCCGCCCAGAAACAUGGAACUGAACUCCCAAUGAGUGUUUAUGGGUAUAUGUCUUCGGUGGCCUCUGUCAUUGGACUCUUACCUCAAUACUACGAGAUUUACCGCUUGAAAGAGGUCCUAGGCCUUUCCUACAGCUUCAUCUUCACUGAUAUCGUUGGAGCUCUCUUCUACAUCCUCAGUCUAUCAUUUAGGCCAUCUUUGGAUUACUCAGCGAUGGUCAUCUACGUUCUAACCGCUGGCAUGAUGGUAGUUAUCAUCAUUCUGGCCUUGAUUCUCAAUCCCCAAGCAGCCAAGAGAAGAAGACUGGAAGGUGGUCAAACGACCAUCGCGACCAAUCCCACUCCCGGGAUCAAGGAAAAAGCAGGAACGCUCCAUACCACACCCUCUAGUAGCGAGAAGAUCAAUUCCCACCUGGAUGCUUCUGACUCCGAUUCAGAGCCUGAAAGUGGUCCUUCUACUCCGACUGGAAUGGAAGCACAUCAUGAUGUGCCCAUAUUGGGCUACUCUGUUAUUGAGACCCUACACGAGGAACCAGUCAUGGAAUAUAACGCUGAAGCUGCCAAGAAGGUUUAA